AUGGCCACUCUUACCCAACAGCCCGACAUUCCUCAGGCCGCAAGCCUGAUCGAGGCUGGCUUGCAGGCCCGUAUCCUGUCGCCCACGGAUCCCGAGUACGCAGCCCGUGAGGAGUCGUACUGGUCCUCCAGCGCAAAGAUCAAGCCCGCCUGCAUAAUCCAGCCUCGGACGGCCGAGGAGGUAGCCACGGCCGUGAAAGCCCUGGCAGCUUCUGGGCAGAAGUUUGCCGUCCGCAGUGGUGGCCACACCAACUGGGCCGGCUCAAACAACAUCGCGGGCGGUGUGACCAUCGACCUGGUUCACCUCGACAAGGUUGUUUUCAACGCCGACUCCGAAACGGCCAGCAUCGGCCCUGGUAACCGGUGGCGUCAGGUGUAUGCCGAGCUGAACAAGCAUGGACGUGCUGUGGCCGGAGGUCGCGAGGGAAAUGUCGGCGUCGCCGGUCUCCUUCUCGGCGGCGGCAAUACCUUCUACACGGCCAGGCAAGGCUUCGGGUGCGACAAUGUAGUUGCCUUCCAGGUCGUCCUCGCCAACGGAGACAUUGUCGUGGCCGAUGAGAAAGGUAGCCACAGCGACCUGUACCGGGUGCUCAAAGGCGGGUCCAACAACUUUGGUAUCGUCACCGAGUUCACCAUGAAGGCCAUCCCCUCGGACAAGGUUUGGGGUGGCAUGGCCUUCUUCCCCAAGCAGACCACCCCCGGUGCCAUCGAGGCCCUCACGACCUUUGCCGACAACGUCCCUAACGACGUCAACAGCAAUCUCGUCACCAUCUUCACAUACAUGCCCGACUUCAAGGACAUUGUCGUGGCCACCUUGUAUGCCAACGUCGCUGGCGUCGAGAAGGCCCCCGCCUAUGAGAAGUGGUUGGCUCUGCCUGAGAUAAUGAACACUGUCAAGAUGACGUCUAUUUCUGAGAUGGCCUUUGAGUACAACAUUCCCACCAACUACUACGACACCUGGUUCACGCUCUGCUUCAAGAACGACCCCCGCAUCAUUACAAAGGCGACGGAACUUCACGAAAAGCUCGUGGACCAGCUGAAGGAAUUCAUCCCGGACGGUGACUUCAUCACGCAGUGCCUAUUCCAGCCCCUUCCUACAAUCUUUGGCCAGCGCGGCGUCGAAGCCGGUGGCAACAUCAUGGGCAUGGACCGCCACCAGACCAACGGCAUCCUGUUCCUAGCUGUCGUCAUGGCCAGGACGCCCGAACAGGAGGCCUUUGCCUACCCCAAGGUACAGGCCUGGAUCAAGGAGGUGCGAGACUUUGCCGCUACCAUCGACGGCGGCAACCUCGAGUGGGUGUACCUCAACUAUGCGGACAAGUCCCAGGACCCGCUAGGCAGCUACGGUGCCGAGAACAUUAGAAAGAUGAAGGAUGCUGCCGCAAAAUACGACCCUGACCAGGUCUUUCAGAAGCUGUGCCCUGGAGGAUUCAAGAUUUCUGACGUCAAGGAUCAGUAA